CUUUCUCUUUGUCUCCCUGUCUCUCUCUAUCUUUCUUCCUCUCUCUCUCUCAUCUUUUUCCACUUCCAUCACAUGGUUGAUUGGUAGUCUAUGCAAUGGAAAUCAAUCCACCAUGUGGUGAUAACAUGUACGAUGAGGAUGGGAAGAAGCUGCCUCCUUGCAUCCCCGGAGCCUGGCUCACUCCAGCCAUCAUGGCCUGCUACCUGCUGGUGGCCAACAUCCUCCUGGUCAACUUACUCAUCGCUGUCUUCAACAACACCUUCUUAGAGGUCAAGUCCGUCUCCAACCAGAUCUGGAAGUUCCAGCGUUACCAGCUGAUCAUGAAGUUCCACGACCGGCCCCUCCUCCCUCCGCCCCUCAUCAUCUUCAGCCACAUCUACAUCGUUCUGAAGCACGUCUGUCGUCGCUGCAAGAGGAGAACAGAGGGAGAGCAGGACGACAGGGACAACAAAGGACUACAGCUGCUGCUGAACGCUGAGGAGCUGAAGGCUCUGUAUGACUUCGAGGAGCAGUGUGUGGAGGAGUAUUUCAGAGAGAAGGAGGACGAGGAGCAGUCGUCUAGCAACGAACGCAUCCGGGUCACAUCUGAGAGGGUGGAGAACAUGUCGAUGCGUCUGGAGGAGGUGAACGAGAGGGAGCACUCCAUGAAGGCUUCCCUGCAGACGGUGGACCUGCGACUGGGUCAGCUGGAGGAGUUCUCUGGACGUAUGAUGAACGCCCUGGAGAAGCUGGCCGGGGUGGACCACAACGACCUGGUCAGAACCCAGUCGGGGGUCUCCUCAGUCUGCGACACGUCCUCUCUGCUCCGCCACAGCUCCAUCAACAGCUCUGACGGCUACAGUCUGUACCGGUACCACCUGGAGAUGGGAGAUGACACCCGAUCUGAGGCUGGGGACAUCAGGAGCCCUGAGAGGAAGGGGAGCCAGAGGAAGGUGGUUGAGAGGAAACGGAGUAUGAGAGAAACCACGACCAGCAUCACGGCCUCUGUGAAGGAGUACGGAGCCACGUUAGACGUGAUGGGCCCCAGAGAGAGGAAUCAUUCCAGCUCCUGUGUCUCUGUCUGCGAAGGGGCGAAGGAAACCCCAACCCAGAGGCCUGAGGUUCCUACAGAGCCUUCUCCACCGCCCUGCAGCCCUGCAGCCUCGAUGGACGCGGCCCUGGAGAAGGCAGGCGUGACCACAGAGAAGAUCAAGCUAGAAGCAGCCAUCUCAUACCCUCUGGAGAGGGUCAGGUCCCUGCAGUACCAGUCACAAGAGCCCCAAAGUGACUGUCUCACCUCCAGGCCCAGAUCCAGGAGCACUAUGGUGUACAACCCAGCGGAUGGGGGAGAUGAGGGGGCUACUUGGGCCACAGACGUCAACAACCCCCUCACAGGGAAUCAGGAAACGGUUACCUCCGGAUCUCCGACCAUGGGUCACUGGGCAGCGCGCUUCGAGUACAAAGUCCACCCCUGCCCGUUCGGCCACAUGCCCAAAGUCUCCAUGGAGAAGCUAGUCCCCACCACCACAGAUACAAAGGACGAGGCAGAGGCCAAAGAGACAGACAGUGAACCACAGGAGCCAGGGAAGAGUCAGUCAGAGAGCAACCAAGAUGGAGGUGAAGAGAAGCAGGAAGCGGAGGCUAAAGAUACUGGUGGAGGCCUUCUGCUUGUGGCAGAGGACAGGAUGUAUCCAUCACUGAGGUCUAAGAGCCUGAACACCAACCCCAGAAAAGUGAAGGCCAGAGGGGACUGGGCACAGAGAACCAAGUCAGACAGUAGUGUGAAAGACCUAACAGCUAUGUUAGUAGGGACUGGGGAGACAGAGACAGAGGUAGAGACAGAGAGAGAGACUGACAGACAGUAGUGUAAAAGACCUAACAGCUAUGUUAGGAAGGACUGGGGAGACAGAGACAGAGGUAGAGACAGAGGUAGAGACUGACAGACAGUGUUAAAGACCUAACAGCUAUGUUAGUAGGGACUGGGGAGACAGAGACAGAGGUAGAGACAGAGGUAGAGACUGACAGACAGUAUUAAAGACCUAACAGGGGUUAAAGGCCUAACAGCUAUGUUAGGAGGGACUGGGGAGACAGAGACAGAGGUAGAGACAGAGGUAGAGACUGACAAACAGUAUUAAAGACCUAACAGCUAUGUUAGGAGGGACUGGGGAGACAGAGACAGAGGUAGAGACUGACAGACAGUAGUGUUAAAGACCUAACAGCUGUUAGGAGGGACUGGGGAGACAGAGACAGAGGUAGAGACUGACAGACAGUAGUGUUAAAGACCUAACAGCUAUGUUAGGAGGGACUGGGGAGACAGAGACAGAGGUAGCGACUGACAGACAGUAUUAAAGACCUAACAGCUAUGUUAGGAGGGACUGGGGAGACAGAGACAGAGGUAGAGACUGACAGACAGUAUUAAAGACCUAACAGCUAUGUUAGGAGGGACUGGGGAGACAGAGACAGAGGUAGAGACUGACAGACAGUAUUAAAGACCUAACAGCUAUGUUAGUAGGGACUGGGGAGACAGAUACAGCGGUAGAGACUGACAGACAGGGUUAAAGACCUAACAGCUAUGUUAGUAGGGACUGGGGAGACAGAGGUAGAGACUGACAGACAGUGUUAAAGACCUAACAGCUAUGUUAGUAGGGACUGGGGAGACAGAGGUAGAGACUGACAGACAGUGUUAAAGACCUAACAGCUAUGUUAGUAGGGACUGGGGAGACAGAGACAGAGGUAGAGACUGACAGACAGGGUUAAAGACCUAACAGCUAUGUUAGUAGGGACUGGGGAGACAGAGACAGAGGUAGAGACGGACAGACAGUAUUAAAGACCUAACAGCUAUGUUAGGAGGGACUGGGGAGACAGAGGUAGAGACUGACAGACAGUAUUAAAGACCUAACAGCUAUGUUAGUAGGGACUGGGCAGACAGAGGUAGAGACUGACAGACAGUGUUAAAGACCUAACAGCUAUGUUAGGAGGGACUGGGGAGACAGAGACAGAGGUAGAGACAGAGACUGACAGACAGUGUUAAAGACCUAACAGCUAUGUUAGGAGGGACUGGGGAGACAGAGACAGAGGUAGAGACAGAGGUAGAGACUGACAGACAGUAUUAAAGACCUAACAGCUAUGUUAGUAGGGACUGGGGAGACAGAGACAGAGGUAGAGACUGACAGACAGUAUUAAAGACCUAACAGCUAUGUUAGUAGGGACUGGGGAGACAGAGGUAGACACUGACAGACAGUAUUAAUGACCUAACAGCUAUGUUAGGGGGGACUGGGGAGACAGAGACAGAGGUAGAGACUGACAGACAGGGUUAAAGACCUAACAGCUAUGUUAGAAGGGACUGGGGAGACAGAGGUAGAGACUGACAGAAAGACAAAAAGCCUCAGACAGAACACCUGUGAAUGACUUCUGAUGAUGUCUGACUGGCAUGACUCACUGUGGAAUGGAAUAAACUAGCCAAUGGUGUGUGGUAGAGCUGAGCAGCGCUGAACUCCUGUCUGAGACUCAGGAACGUUGCAUAUCUUGGUUUUUCUAAAUCAUCCCAGUUGAUGGGGACAGCUUUGAGCGAAUGGCGAAAGUGCUGUGAUUAUUGAGUUGUUGUUAAAUGUUUUUGUUUUUUAAAUGUUUAUUGUUUUAAAUGUAUUUCAUGUCGAUUAAUUAAGCAAAUAACAUUGCAGACACAGACAGCCAUCUUAUAAAGAUAAGGGAUAUUUGUAUUAAUCUAAAAAUGGAAAUCAUUACACAAACAAGGUAAGAGACAAGGCAUAGUUUUUCCAAACAUUUGUUUGAUCCUUAAAAAUGGGUAAAAAAAGGGACAAUUAUAACGACUCUGUGUAACACAGAUUGAAUAACGAUGAAUUAUGAAAUAAAUAAAAUUGUAAUUAUUUGAAUUAUACUUGUGUUGAGUAUCAGCAUGUCGGUCUAUCUGUGAGUUAAAAUGUUGUAACAGCGCCCUCUAGAGUUCAGCUGACGAAAACAAAGGACCUUAAUUACAUCAA